CAGGGAAUUCAUGGGAGGAAGUAACUGAGAUUCGGACACGAACAACAACUCCACACGGUGCCAGAAACGACUGUUAGCUCUAAAUGAGAUGCAAAAACUUCAUCUCUGUUCCCCCCAGAUGGACUAGAAGCGCCGGGUCUGCGCAGAUGGAGGCGGCGAGAAGUUUGCUGUUUGUCGGGGCCGUGCUGCUCGGAGUGACGGGCGCUUCAGGCAGAGAAGUCUGUCGGGGUACAGACAUGAAGCUGGCCCUGCCCUCCAGCCUGGAAAACCACUAUGAGACUCUGAGGCUGCUCUACACCGGUUGCCAGGUUGUUCAUGGAAACUUGGAGAUUACACACCUCCAUGGAAACCCUGACCUCUCCUUCCUGCAGGGGAUUGUGGAGGUACAGGGUUAUGUACUCGUUGCUCAUGUUUCUGUGAGCCUGUUGCCCUUAGACAGCCUUCGGAUCAUAAGAGGCAGCCAGUUGUAUAACUCCAGCUACGCGCUGGCUGUGCUGGAUAACACUCACGCCGGUCAGGGGCUGAGGACGCUCCGGCUUCGUAGCCUCACAGAGAUCCUGCUGGGUGCAGUGUAUAUUUGGGGGAACCCCCAGCUGUGCUUCCCAGACCCCCAGAACAUCAAUUUGACGGACAUCUUGGAUGAGCAGAAUGGCCGUGCCAAGGAACACCGACUGCAGCCUCGGCCUCCUAACUGUCCAAGUUGUUCGCCUGCAUGUGGGAAAAGAUGCUGGGGAGAGACUCCUCAGGAUUGCCAAACUCUGACCCGAGCUAAAUGUGCGUCUGGCUGCCAGCGAUGUAAAGGUCCUCUACCCAACGACUGCUGUCACCUGCAGUGUGCAGCUGGAUGCACUGGACCCAAAGACUCAGACUGUCUGGCUUGCCGUCACUUCAACGACAGCGGUGUAUGUAAAGAGAACUGUCCACUGCCCACCACCUAUGACCCCGUCACGUUUCAGUCCCAAUCCAACCCACACGGGAAGUUUAACUUUGGAGCGACCUGUGUCAAGACGUGUCCUUAUAACUAUCUGGCGUUGGAAGUGGCCUGUACUUUAUCUUGCCCCCCAAACAACCAGGAAGUUGUCGUCACCCAACCUGACGGGACGGAGACGCAGAAAUGUGAUAAGUGUGAAGGAGACUGUCCCAAAGUGUGUUUCGGCCCGAGUACAGACAACAAUGGUGUUACCGACAGCAGCAGCAGCAGCAUCGCCGUGGUAACGUCUUCCAAUGUGGAGGAGUUCAACAAGUGCACGAAGAUUUUCGGUAGCCUGGCCUUCCGCUCUGAGAGCUUCUCAUGGGAUCCUGCGAAGAACACCUCAGGCCUGACUUUGGAGCAGCUGAGUGCCUUCAGGACUCUGGAGGAGAUUACAGGUUAUCUCUACAUUGAUGCCUGGCCAGAGCAGUGGACCAACCUCAGUGUGUUUGAGAACCUGAAGGUGAUCAGAGGCACGAUGCUCUACAAGGGUGUGUUUUCACUGGCCAUCCAGAAUCUGCACAUCAAGUCUCUCGGGUUGCGGUCGCUGCGCAGCGUCAGUGGAGGUUUGGUCUUGAUUUACAACAACUCACAGCUGUGCUACACCAACUCACUGCCAUGGCAGAAUCUCCUCCAUCCCACCCAGGGUCCGCACCGCAUCGUCAGCCACAACCAGGACCCUGCAGUCUGUGAGAAAGAAGGGAAUGUUUGUCACCCGCUUUGUAAGGCGGGCUGUUGGGGUCCGGGGCCCAGCCAGUGCGUGUCCUGCCAAACUUUCCAACGUGGCACCGAGUGUGUAGAGCAGUGUGAUCUCUAUCAGGGGCCCGUACGUGAAUAUAUAGAUGGAUCUAAGUGUGUUGCCUGUGAUCCACAGUGUCGACCCCUCAAUGGCUCAGAGUCCUGCCACGGGCCGGGUGCUCAACAUUGCACGGAGUGUCGGAAUUUCCAGGACGGCGAGUAUUGCGUGGAUCGGUGUCCCAGUGGCGUGAAGGGCGAUCUGCAUACUGUGUGGAAAUACAGCAACGCCACGGGACACUGUCUGCCAUGCAAGACCAACUGCACGCCACCCUGCACUGUGAAGGAUGAACGAGGCUGCCCCAUUGAUACCAGGACAGGACCUGGCACGUCCAUCGCGGCUGCAGUGGGUGGGGUGGUGCUCUUCAUUAUCCUGCUGGCUCUGCUGGUCUUUUACUUGAGGAGACAGAAGAAGCUAAAGAGGAAGGAGACAAUGAGGAGGAUCCUGCAGGAGCACGAGCUGGUGGAGCCUUUGACGCCAAGUGGUGCUUCACCCAAUCAAGCUCAGAUGCGUAUAUUGAAAGAGACCGAGCUGAAAAAACUCAGGGUGCUGGGUUCGGGGGCCUUUGGCACUGUUUACAAGGGAAUUUGGGCUCCUGAUGGGGAAAAUGUGAAAAUCCCAGUGGCCAUUAAGGUUUUGCGUGAGAACACCUCACCAAAAGCCAACAAAGAAAUCCUCGAUGAGGCAUAUGUGAUGGCGGGCGUUGCCAGCCCGUACGUGUGUCGUCUCCUGGGGAUUUGUCUCACCUCCACUGUGCAGCUGGUCACUCAGCUGAUGCCGUAUGGCUGCCUCCUCGACUACGUCAGAGAGAACAAGGACCGCAUUGGUUCGCAGUUCCUACUCAACUGGUGUGUCCAGAUUGCCAAGGGGAUGAGUUACCUGGAGGAGGUCCGUUUGGUCCACAGAGAUUUGGCAGCCCGCAAUGUCCUGGUGAAGAACCCGAAUCAUGUGAAGAUCACUGACUUUGGUCUGGCCCGUUUGCUCGAUAUAGACGAGACGGAGUAUCACGCCGAUGGAGGGAAGGUGCCAAUCAAAUGGAUGGCCUUGGAGUCUAUCCUGCACAGGAAGUUUACUCACCAGAGUGAUGUAUGGAGCUACGGGGUAACUGUUUGGGAGCUGAUGACAUUUGGCUCUAAGCCCUACGACACAAUUCCAGCAAGAGAUAUCCCAGAGGUUUUAGAGGGGGGCGAGCGGCUUCCCCAACCCCUUAUCUGCACCAUUGAUGUCUACAUGAUCAUGGUCAAAUGUUGGAUGAUUGAUCCUGAGAGCAGGCCGAGAUUCAAAGGCCUGGUCAAUGAUUUUAGUGCCAUGGCUAGAGAUCCUACUCGCUAUGUAGUUAUUCAGAAUGAUGAAGAGAUGAGCAAGUGCAGCCCAGUGGACAGUGAGUUUUACAGGAUGCUUCUGAGGGAAGAUGAAAAUAUGGGGGAAAUGAUGGAUCCUGAGGAGUACCUGGUGCCAAAUACAAGGAAAGGGGACGAGCCCCAGGCCAAUGGACUAUCCAGACACCAGUCAUACAGGCAGAGCAGAGAUCAUAGCUUAGAUAUGGACCCUUCCAACACUGCUGGGCCUCGGAACCUUCACUCCUCCCUGACUGGAAUCAGCCACACCCAGUACCCAACCUUAACGAUGGGAGCGAGCGCCUCUAACAGUGUGUGGCCUCAGUAUCCAAUGCUGGCUCGCAGCACCUCAGCUGGAGGUCAGUCUGACUCUGUCUUCCUGGAUGCACCUACAGACGGCCACUCCUUGGCACCAGCCAGCCCCGGACGCUACAGCAAAGACCCCACCUUCCCCAACGGAAGCAAGGAUGACCUAGAAACUGAUGGGUGUAAUGGUUUUCCCCAUCCUUAUCUUCACCACUCACUACCCCGGCGGAGUCACGCCAUUCAAAAUCAUCCCCUGCCAGAGUACGUCAACCAGGAAAUUCAGGAUCUCAGGCCAGGGUUCCCUGAGCGGCCCAGCACACUGCCUCGAAAAUCCAGAAUAGACCGCCGCCUUCCUAACGGCCUAAGUUCAGGUCACAGUGUGGAAAACCCAGGGUAUUUGAUCCCAGUGAACUCCACCUCUCCAGCCUUUGACAACCCAUACUAUCUGGACCUCGGGCCCAAAGCGAUUCCCGGGGCUGUGGCGGGGGACGGCCCCGCAGGACUGGGAAGCAACGGAGGAGUAACCAGACAUAUGAACGGUUUUGUGACACCGACUGCAGAAAAUCCAGAAUACUUAGGAUUAGCAGACACUUGGAGUGGGCAUACUUGAGGACAGGGACGGUGAGACUAUAAAGGAGACGCAGACUGAGUCUCUGUGAGGGAAAUUGGAGAGUGGGAAGAUUAACAUUUACAUAGCAAAAAUAAGCGGGAUGUGUGCGAACGUGCAACUGGAAUCUUCUCACUCUGUCUGGAGAAGCAGCGGCAUCCGAACUGAUCGAGGUUGUCCCUAAAUGCCACGUUACUAGUACCCAGUUGUAACACGCAUGGACUCAACACAGUGUAGCAUUCAAGUGGUGCCUGUGGCACCAUUUGUAUUCAUGUCUUCCUCUAAACAAUCUGUGACUGUUAACUGCCAAAAAGAAGUUUUCUCUUCUUUUGUAAAUAACACCAUAAACAAAAGAGUUCAAGAAGGUUAUCAUGAUUAUUUUUUAUGGUCAUCUUCUUUUAAGUUGUUUAAUGUCUGUAGAUUUUCCACUAUAUGUGAAGCUUUUUUAUUUUUGUGCAUUUCCUUCAGUUCCCUGUGGAUAUGCUACUCAGUGCAGCUGAACAGUGAAGAAAGAUGUAUAACACUUUUGACAAAGUGAGCCAUGAUGUGCGUUGAAGAUGAUGCUUAGUAUUCUGGUCAGUUUCUCGCAGACCUGACGGGGGUCUCCAGCACUCUCAAAGCCAUUUUGUUUUGGACAGAGAAGGCCCUGCAGCCCAUCUGGCCUGUAGACAUGCUCCCUGAAAGAAAGGCAUCCUGUAUGGAGAAGACAGAGGCAUUGUGCUGCACUGAUGUAUGUGGUUGUUGGUGACCGUGGCUGUAGCUACUUUGUGGUACGAGUCAUCAGCUAUUGAGGUACGAGGAGACAUUUUUAAGCUGCAGAAAUGUCUAAAACAAUGGGAAUAAGUGGUUAACUGUUCAGGGAUUUUAGUUUUUCUGAGAAAUAUGGAGAACUACUGACUUUGAAGUCAUAAAAAGAACACACUGUGUACAUGUCAGACAACUCUGUGUGCACCCGCCAAGCGCAGUAAGCCUUUAGAGAUUUUAGUGGCUUUUCACUGUGCAAGAAAGCUAUCAGUAAGUAUAUCCCACAAGAAGUGAAGAAUCUGCAUAAGAUAUAGACAUAGCCUGUGUGUGUGUGUGUGUGUGUGUGUGUGUGUGUGUGUGUGUGUGUGUGUGUGUGUGUGUGUGUGUGUACAAGCAAUCCACUAGACACUGGAGUGGAUUCUGAGGAGGCGUUGCUUUUGAAUAAUCAAUGCAUGGCUCAAAUUCCACUCACUGAGAACUCACUGACAUCCCAGUUAAUAAUAAGCAAGAUUUUUUUUUUUUUUCUUCAUGUUAACUGGUGUUGGGUUGAGGAGGCGGGGGUGGAGUGGGGUGUCAAACUGAGUCAAUGGAGUCAUUGUCUGACCCUCGUGUCUUCGUCGGAAAGUCAUCGCUCUCCGAACUCGCGCACCCAGAGCGGCAACGUUUGAAAGGAAAGGAGUUGUAGUGGUUCACUGAGGCUUGUAAUCCUGGAGCGGUCUUGAAACAAGCAGGCGAGGUCUCUCUCUUUUUUUUUUUUCUUUUUUUUUAUCCUUCUCUGCCUAGCAUACUAAACCAAACCGCAUCCACCUUACAACUGCUACUGAGUUUGAGGCUCUUUUCAGAUGUAUAAAUUGUCCACAUAAUGGCUGGAGCACGACAUCAGUGAGACUUUGUUCUGAAAUGAGCACUGCCCCCUCAUUCAUGUCAGUUUUACUCUGAAAGUCUUUGCGGUUCUUGUUUUUUGUCUUUUAUUUUGACGUUCUCAUACGGGUUGUGAAGAGUUUUGGUCCAGAAUAAGAUCUCUAUUAAAUAUUAUGCCUGAUUUUUAAACUACAGUUUCUUACACACACAUAAAAAUGUAUAUACUGGAUUUGUUUUAAAACCCUUAGCUAUCAUAUUACACUAACCUGAUUUAGAAUUAAAGUUUUGAGUGAGGUUUUUUAUUUUUUUGUGGAUAUACAGUGUGGUGUUUUGGAAUGAAAACCUUCAUAGGUGUCAUUGCGGUCAUGUGGAAACCUCAUAUCUCCACUAAAAGAGCUGAUUAAGGUUUAUUAGGAGCAUUGAUCCUGUUGUAUUUUUGUAAACCUAAACACUGAUGUAUACAUUUGUAUACAGUUCAGAUUUUAAAGGAGGGCUGGAGUCUACCCCAGCUGCUGUGGAGAUGGGAUUGUAACCCGUGGAUUGAACUGGUUCAGAUCCACUGCCUGUGAUAAGACUGGUGACCGGUCCAGGGUGUACCCCGCUACAACAGUCAGGAUAGGCUGCAGGCCCCACCACAACCAGAAUUCCAUAACCAGAAGAAAAUUAAUGGACUUUCUGGAAGAUUUGGAAAGAGUUUGUGUUUAUUUUAGAUAUUAAAACAAAAAUCCUAUAAAAGCAGGAGAAUAUGUUUUUGUUUGUUUGUUUUUUACCAAGCCGUAACGAUGUGAUAGCACCGCUCACAGAUGUUCCUUCCUUGUUUAUAAAUGUAUUAUUUAUCUGGUUGCCGUUAAACCACAAUGAUGGCACUCAUAAAUAAUGAACUGUAUCUGGAUGACUCCGACUGCAGACUCUCUCAGAUGGCGAGGUGAAUGUCGAAACUCGUGCCUCAAAGCUUUUAGUCAUAGUUGCUUUUCUGAUUGGAAAAAGCUAAACGUACAGCACCAAAUGGCAACAGCAGUUGCCUCAAACUUUGGUAAAGACUCGACAACAAUACAGAGAAAACCAUAAAAAUCAGACAAACCCCUAUGAGCAAGUAUUUGGUGACAGUGGGGAGGAAAAACUCCCUUUUUAACAGGAAGAAAAGGCACAAAAGAAAAUUUAGGCCUCUGCCUGUUUUUUAUAGUCGUGUUAAACAUCAACUUAAAGCCUGUUGAUAAGUGUCCAGUGCAGCUGAAGCAAGAACCUGCAUGUUUCAUUGACAGGUUAACCAGAAAGGAAGGAACAGCUAACUAACCAGAGUGUGCUGAAGGUUUUGUAAAAUUAAAUAUCUGUAUCAAUAUACAUUUAGAGAGAAAUAUAUCUUUUGUACUUUGCAUUUAAGCAGAUUUAUCUUUCUGUUGGUCAGUAAAUCAGUGGUAGCUAAUUUGAAUACAUUGAUGCUCUGCUGUGGGCAGGGAGCAGAGCAAAGUUAUUUCAAGAAGAAAUGGUCAUUUUUUAUAUGGAAAUGUUUGCGUAAGGCGAAACAAUAAAACAUGUAGAGUGAAAAACGA